AUGCGUUAUUCAUUCGCUGUUCCAGAUACACUUGUGAUUUUACAUGGAGGAGCUAUUACAAAUAUGGAAGGAGACGAUCGAUAUCCGGUGAAUUUCCAAAAAGCUAUACGGGUUUUCCUAGACGUGACAAGUACUGCUACACGACGAUAUGACAACUUAGGCUUGGACGUCUCACUGUAUAAAAGAUCAACUGGUUGGUUCGGUUGCGGAUGGAUGUUCUUGCCGAGUUUCGGAAUGAUAAACAACUACGAUCUGUGCCAAGAUAAUCCCUCAUGUCCAUUGUCACCAGGACGCCAAGUGCUAGAAUUUACGCUGGAUCCAUCUCGACUGUUCAAGCGGCUUUUCCGAAUGAUUCAUUAUGAUAUG